AUGUCGUUCAAGCCGGAGCUGUUCGAGGACGAGGAGGGCAAGAAGCUGCCGCUGGCCAACGAGAACGAGCUCUUUAUCCUACAGCGCGCAAAGAUCACCUUCCAGUGCAAAACCCCCGACCAUGCAUUAUUCAAAGGCAAGGGGCGCAUCUACUGCACCACGCAGCGCAUUAUCUUCGUGGCGGAGAAGGGGAUCACCCAGAAUGGAUGCUACUUCGAGGCCUUCGAAAUUCCGCUGGUGAAGAUGACGGAUGAGAAGUUUAACCAGCCCAUCUUCGGCGCCUGCAGUAUCUCGGGGCUCGUCGCGGCUAGCGGCGAAUUCGAGGGCGGCGGCAAUUUUUCCUGGAAGAUAACGUUCGCGAAUGGCGGUACGGGUGUCGUCCUACCUGUGUUCUUGCGACUCAUGGAGAAGCGCAAAAAGAAAGGUAUGGCAGUGCUUUGUAUCUUGUUUUGA